UUAUUUUCAUAUGAUGAAUCAGGUUCUCACGUUGGGUUUAGUCAACUGUGGCCAGUACCAGAGCUGUGGGGAAUGCAUUGGUGAGGAAGGAGGAAAUGAUGGAGACCCUUACUGUGGAUGGUGUACUCUAGAUGCAAGAUGUACACGAUACGAGGCGUGCCCCUUCCCUGACGAGUCAACUCGGUGGUUAUCUUACAAUGCAUUGCAAUGUGUAUCCAUCUCAGAUGUCCAUCCUGAUCAUAGACUGCCUUAUCAAGAAACAGAACAAGAUAUCACCAUUACCGUUCAGCAGCUACCAGCUCUCAAAGCCAGCCAUCAAUACCAAUGUGCCUUCGACUCCUACCAGGUCAAUGCUGAUAUUGUCACUGCCAAUACAGUCAUGUGCGUUUCUCCUCCUGCGAGGGAAUUGCCUACGAUUCCAGGAGAAGCGGACCAUGUAACAUUGACACUUUCUAUUGUCUCAACGGAAACUGGAGUGAGCUUUGUGAGCACGGAUUUUAUAUCGUUUGACUGCACCCUUCUUAAAUCUUGUUCCUCUUGUGUGACAAGUCCUUGGUCAUGUGACUGGUGUGUUUAUGACAACAUGUGUACACAUGAUAGCAGCUCAUGUCAGCCGGGAGAAACAGUGGUGAUUGGAGAAAAUAACGACGUAGGUUUUGGAAACAAAGGCCAGAGUUAUUGCCCUCAGCUUUUGGCGACAUCAGAACGUUUUUUCAUACCAGUUAACAUUCCUUCUGGUUACUCACUUCUAGCAAAUAAUCUACCCACAGAGCAGACUAAGGUAUGA